CAUGUUCACGCACCUUCUCGGCCCUUCGGUCAGAGACGUUGCGCGCCCUUUACUCGAUCGGCGAGCGCCCUUCGCUCCAACGACACUAGGCAUACAAGCCGGUUACCGAAUUCGGCCGAUCACGCAACAACAGCAGGAAGAGGACAACUUGACCACUUGAAAGGAAAAAACAAAAAAAAUCACUGAUAAAGCCCCUUUAUAUCCUGAAUCCCCCUAUGGGCCUUCUUCUUUGGAACACGGCUUCGAAUGCUCCAUAUCCCGGAGCUCCAUCCUCCUCCGAUGGACUCUCCAACUGGGACCGGCGCGGGGCGAUCAGCAGCAGCAGCACCCAACAGCGACAACAUCCCACGCGGACUCACCCGAGCGCAACUCGCCCCUCGCACUUGGCCGAAACCUCCUCUCCUCCCGGGCCGGAUGCCGGCCGUCGCUACGUCCCGACCGAGGAACGCGACGACUGCCACCACCGCAAAGUCCGCCGCAUUCGCUCGGCAGCGUCGGCAACGCCGCACCGUGACAACCACAAUGGGCCUCCCGGCGGACCCUUUUGCUUGACCAUUCCGCAUCAGGAGGAGGACCACCGCCGGCCGCCCGACCGGGGGGGCUUCAACGGCCGACGGAGCAGGAGCCGCGGGCCAUCGGCGCGGGGCGCCCUUGUUUCCUCCUCCCUCUUCGCCACCACUUUGCCUGCUGGGCAAAGCGGCACUACCAGGCGGCGCCCGCCGUCGCUGGAGCGACAGGGCGCGUUCCGCGACGAGAGGACGGCCAGGCGGAGGCGGCGGUGGGCUCCGUCGGGAGAGGAUGACGACGACGACGACGAUGACGAGCACCGGCAGGACGCCGAGCGGUGCCGCAUUCGCCUGCUUCUCAACGACGAGCGCGAGCUGGACAAGGGCUUCGCGCCGGACCGGAUCGCGCGCGAGGGGCCGGGGUGUUAUUGUUAUUAUUGCUGCUCGCUCCCCACGUGGCGGCCGCGGGGACAGGAGCGACGGGGCGAGGACGAGGCGUUGGCUGGGUGGCUUCUUUCCGGUUCUUCUUCUUCUUCUUCUACUUCUUCAUUUUCAACUUCGCGCUUGCGUCAGGUCGAUGCGGUGCGAGAAGAGGUUCCGCCCUGGAGGGAUGAGGCCUCGUAUGAUGGCCAGCAGCUGACGGUCAUUCACGAGCUGGCUGAUGAUCUCUCUGAUGAUGUUUUGCUUUCGGGUGUUUCUUCUGUGGCUGGGCAAGUGGAUGACAGAACAGUUUGGGCGGUUCUCGACGACAGGAACCAUUUGGACGCAGCAGCGUUCCAAGCGGUGGGCGCCAUGGUGGUGGGAAUGGACGAGAGUCGUCGGUCCUCGGGUUAUGCUGGCCAUGACGGCUCGUAGCAGGUCCGCCAAAGAAAUCCCCGACUGCCCUUCGGUCUCGGCCGGCUAUGCAGCUGCGUGCUGCGCUCGGACUGGCCUUAUGGACGGCUCAGCAUACCGGGGGAACGGGGACGAUGUGGACUUAUGGAAGAUGAGCAAGCUGUGUGCUCGCGGCUUUCCACUGCUUGAGCUCGCUUGCAAGAAUCAAAAAAGGAUUGUCGGGAAUCAUGUAAUACUAUUUACAACGUCUGUACCAC